AACUUAUAUUUCCCUUAAUUUAAAUGACUGUCUCUCAUAUUCAUCUUCCUCUCCAGAAAAACGGGUCAUUGCGGUUCUAUCCUCGCUGAAAAAAGGCUUAGUUGAAGAGCGGAGGAGGGCCGCCAGGUGGUAGUGCUCCUCCGGGCUACGGUGCACCUCCCAUGGGAUUCAGGAUGCCUCCUCCAGGGCCAGGACUACCCCCACGCAUGCCACCUCCAGGCUUUAUGCCCCCCAGUGCCCCUCCCGGCAUGCCUCCCCCAGCAUUCAACGUUCCUCCUCCAGGUUUCAUGGGGUCCUUCGGUCAGCCUCCUUCAGGUGACGGGAGUGGGGCAGUCAUCUCCGCAGGCCCCCAGCUCAACACCCCUCCAACCAGCAACUCACCAGCGGCAGCACAGUCAAGUUCCCCGGCCACGACCCCAGGCCCCACCUCUAGCAAUGCCUCCCCAGCCAACAUUGCCAUGCCUGGAGCUCCUUCACCGGCCCUGCCCACAACAACGCCAAGCACCCCUUCCACAACCAAAAGCGAGAGCAGGUAAUGAAAAAGAAG